UGACCGUGCAUAGUCGUUUGCUUCCCCACGGCAAAAUGGACCGACAUCGGCAGGAAGCUCCUGGAAGCUUCAGCGUGGAAGAUGUUCGAGGUCGGCGACAAGCGGCGCUCUCCUGGGCGUCGCAGGGUCUUUUAUUGGUUGCAGUGGUUCUCUUUGGCUGUGGAAACAAUAUUUCCAAGCAGAUCGCGUCUGUCUCCUUGUCAAAACGUUAUGCCUACAUGCUGGGGCUAUCUACUGCUGUUGCGUACGUGCCUCUCUUCUGGGCCAUCUUGUUAGUGCUCCUAAAGACCGGGGCUGCUCCGAUGUUCCAGUUGAGAUACAUGUGGCAGCGAAAUGGAUAUCUGGCACCGGUGCUCUUGAUCGUCUUGGCCGCUCUGGGCGAUGCGUUGGGCGAUGUGAUUGGAGCCAUUUCGACCAGUCACGUCUCUGGCCCUGUGCACAGCCUCCUCUCCAACUGCACAUCAGUCUUUGUGGCGGUGCUCUCCAUGUGUUUGCUGAACCAAAGAUAUUCGAUGUUCCAGCUCUUGGCGCUCUUGGGAGUCUUCGUCGCAGUUGUCAUUGGAAUUCUUCCUUCUUUCGAGUCGGACUCCAGUGGUUCAAAUCCAUUCUUCGCAGUGGUCUUGGGUGGCAGUUGCAUCUUCAAUGCAGUGGCCUUCGUGGUGAAAGAGUUGAUCUUCACCCGCUACAAGACGUGGCGAGCUGAUCAAGAUCUUCAGGGUGGCACUGGCUUGAACAUUUUCCUCAUCAAUUCCCAUGAAGCGGUCUUUCAGCUGCCGCUGACACUGAUGCUGAUUCCUCUGAACGAUUUGCUGAAGCAAUCGGAAGGGAACAGCUGGAGCUAUCUGAAGGAGGCCAUUACGUGUGUCUUCAGUGGCGAAGCAGAUGCAUGUGGUCCAGAUGCCAAGCACGGAGAGUUGGCAGGGCUCUGCGUGUUGGUCUAUGUGGUCUUCAACCUCCUGUGGAACAUGGGAAUUUUGCUCUCUGUGAAGCACGCAGGUGCUCUGGCCACUUUUGUCGCGUUGAAGGCCAUCUUUCCCGUAUCCACCGUUCUGUUUGAGUAUGUGGACUGGCCAUUACUGGGGAAAAAGGAUUUCUCUUGGCUCAUUUGGCUGUCCAUGGCAAUUCUGCUGCCAAGCAUUGCUUGCUAUCAGUGGGCAUCACAAUUGCAGGCUGCCAGAGCCGCAAUCCACCCAUCGUUGGCAAGUUGUUGUUGGCCCUGGGGCCAGAAAAGGUCCGAAACCGAAAGUGAAAUGAUGCUUGGAUAAGGUCAAUAUUGAGAUCCCCUCAAAAAUGGGGACACUCAACCCCCCAAGGUCAUUUUUUGGGCGUACCCGAC